AUGAAGUGUUGUUGUGGACGUGUGACACAGAGACAGGAGGAUGCACCCUUUGAACUGGAAGACAUGCAAGUUUUGUCAAUAAACAAGAAGAAUGGGCCCUCGAAAUUUAAAGUAAAAUGGCUUCAGGGAAAUGAAGGUCUGGUAAAACAAGGGACAGUGAAGCUCUAUCCUCCACAUUUGAGAGACAAGUGGACCACUGAGAAGGCGGUGUAUGACAGACUUGCCCUGUCAGAGCAUGAGAAUCUUGCACCAUGUCUGUGGAGGGCUAAUCAUUUCCACUUCCCAAGUGACAUUGAGAGUAUGGAUUACAACUGGAUGCAAAAGGAGUCUAGAAUAAUCUGCCAACCUUACUACCGCCUUGCCAGACUAUAUGACUUUUUGCAGCACCAUGGCCAUGCUGUGACAGAGGUGGUCCUGCAUAACUUGACAGCAGAUAUAAGCAGAGGCUUAGCACACCUGCAUGAGCUGGGCAUUGUCCAUAAUAACUUGACCACCAAGACCAUAUUUGUCCAGGGAUCACUACAGACCAAGUCCCUUCAGGCAAUUAUUGGAGACUUUGAAAAUGCAACAGUUAUGAAAAUGCCAAAAUUUCACAAAAAGGCAAUUAGAGAAAUGGAUUCUAAUCCAUUCAAAGCAGACAUGAAAGCUUUGGGAUUGAUCAUAUUCGAAAUGCUGGGUGUAUUAAAUCAUCAAACACCCUCAGUCACUCACUCAGCCACUGGAGUAACCAAAAGCAAUCAAAAGAACAAACCACUUUCUAAAAAUAGGACCAAGAAACUUCCAGAUAUUGUUACAUCCACAUUACAUCCAGGUUCUCACUCAAAAGGUAGAAUUGGCAGGACAAGGAAAAGAACUUUACCAGAGGUUCCGUCACACAAAAAAGAAAAGGUCCAAAAUUUGUACAGCAUCGAUGAAGAUGAUGAUGCAACAAAAUAUAAUCAGCUGGCAACAAAUUACAAUAAAAACAUGGAAGGCAAUCAACAGACAUUACCCAAAGAACAUUUUCAAAGUAGCUACAAGCUUUGUUAUGAUACUUUGUCCAUUGCUAGUGUCGAUAGCAUACAGUCCAGUGACAGUCAGAUGACAACCCAGCUCUCCACUGCCAGAGAUCCCAAUUAUGUUGAGCCAAAAUCAUCAAGAACCUCUGGACAUGGUAUCAGAACUAAAAGAAAGCUCCCCUUGUUACCACGGCUACAGGAAGCCCCAGAAGCUGCAAGUGCCUUUAUUCCAACUCAGCUACAUACAAAUCUCCAAAAUGAAAACCUGCCCAUCAAAUCUAAAUUUACCUCGUUCACAAAUGCAGAAGUCCAUACUGCAUGUGCAGCUGGACAGCACCAGCCCAGAUCAAAAAAGGAUUGUCAGCCUCAAUUUGUAAAGAAGCAGACCAGUCUCAUUACAUCAGGGUUUGAUACUGCUGAAAUACAAAAUGGGAAAGGCACAAGGAAUACUAAUCCACAUUUAUACAGCAGUCAGAUUACAUCCAUCUCCACAAAUGCAGCAACUACUCCAGAAGACAGUGCAGAAAAGAGAAACUCCUCUACCUCUCAAGAGAGCACGUGCAGCCAUGACAGUGGUGUGGUGCUGAGACCAGAGGGACUACCACUGGGAACACGACCUGGGAUGUACUUCAAAAAUGAACCUAGAACAAGAAAAGGAAUAUACACUCAACCCCUGAGAAGCAUGGGGGAAAGUCACUCAAUUUUAAGUGGAUUCAUCCAGAAACAGAAAGCCCGUCACAAAACUGUCAGACCAAAUGUAAAAUUGAGCUCCAGCAGUGCUGAAAAUGGUAAUGUCCCUAAGAACAGAUAUUCUGUGGUUAGUACUGACUCUGGCAUUAGUUAUGGUCACAGCACCAUACCCAGUCCUUUUUCACAAAGGCAUAGCAUGGCAACAGAUUCUGACAGUGUGUUUGGUAGUCAGCAGUCACUUCAUGGGGGCAGAAACAUCGACACUGGUCAGUUUGGCUUGACCAACAGUGACCUCUCCUCAGUGAAUUACUAUGAAAUGAAAAAGAUUCCCUCUUCAUCUAAAUCUGCAUCACUCUCCCAAUACAAAAAACACAAUGGUUCAAAAUCAAAUCACAACAUUCAUACCUUGGAGAAUUCUGAUGUUAAGCCACAACCAUGGUGUGCAAGGGAAUCUCCAUGCUCUCUCUCAGAAUCCACUUCAAGUAGAUAUCAAGAGAGUCCCUAUCUGCCUGUAAGUCCACCAGACAGUUUCUACACAAGCAGAGAAGACCUGUAUGUCAGGAUAUCUGAUGUCCAGUCUUUGAAACACAAUAUCAUCCUCAAUGAUUCUGAUGACAAAUUCAACAAUCCAGAUGCUGAUAAGCAAAAUACAACUCAGACUGGUAGCAAGUCUUUAGCAGAUCCGAUUGCCGAGAGGUACGACUUACCAGUGCAUCUCAAGGGAGUUAAUACUGAGCAACCUGUGUACAGUACACCUUCAGCUAUGUCCAAAUCAAACUAUGCCAGCAGUAAACCAUUACCAGGUAACAGACCAGGUAAACAUCAGGCACUUUCACUCAAAAUAGAUGGAAAGUCAUCUUUGUCAGAGAAGAAACUUAUUUCACGAAAAUCUCCCCUCACAGAGGAAUAUCUCAGGAAACAAAGGAUUCUUCCUAAACUGAACAGUUUAGGCCAGGAUGACAUCAAAGAUGAUGAGACAGAUUUUUGUUGGGAUGACACCUAUGAAGAUUUUGCCUUACCACAUCAGCAUAAGGUAUCUGGCCACCUGGUGUCCAAUAAUAAGGCACCGCAGUGGUCACCAGUGGACAGAGUUAUAGACACUCAGGAAUGCAAUGUUAAACCACCCAAAGUGACCCAGCUGAGAGACUCUGACACUGAAUCUGUUAGUUCACUAAUAUCUGAUGCCAAUUUAAUUAUACAGAAAAUGAAAUCCUCGAACACUUCAGUCAAAACUGGCCUCACCAAUCUGGAAGAGGGUUAUGAGAGUGACACAUUGGAAACCAUAUAUUUACCUGGCCAAGAAAGUACCGGUGGGUAUAAAAACGACCCUAAACCCCACUUAGGAAACAGACAAAAACUGAACAGAAGUGUCACUUUUUGCUGGGAUGAAACCAAAUCUGCAAACCGCAAAGUAAAAUUGAAGAACUUAAAAAGACCUGUGGGAAAGAAAAACAUGGAACCACUAGCCAGUGGCAAUCUUUCCAAAAACUAUGCUAAAUUUUUCCCAGCCAAACCUGCCAUACCUACACAACACCUGCAUGCCAUGAAAAGUACAGGGCAACUAGGAAUAUACGGAACACAGCUUCUUGCAUUGUGUGAAGAGUGUUGGGAAAGUUCUCCUCCUUCUGAUGUUGUGGCAGGAAAACUUCAGCAAAGUUCCCAGGAUUACUAAGACUGGCAAUAGCGCCUGUAUACAGAAAUUUAAUUGGAACUUCAGAAUGAGCCAGACCCAAAUUUUAUAAGACAAAACAUUUUUUCUGUUUUAAAUAACAUUUCACAUUUAUUGAAUCAAAACAUUUCCCCUAAUUUCAAUGUUUAAUGUUUUGAAG